AUGCAUCGUGCAUUGUCUCUCGCAGGGAUAUUGCUGCCACUUGCUAUCCAGGCUCAGCAGACCCUCUAUGGUCAAUGUGGAGGUCAGGGCUAUUCCGGACUCACCAGUUGUGUGGCUGGAGCCACUUGCUCCACUGUGAAUCAAUACUAUGCUCAGUGUACGCCAGCAGCUGCUGCGGGCUCUACCGCCACCUCGAAGGCAACCACUACUUCAACCACCUUGAAGACGACCACUACGACUAAUGCUGCGGGAACGACGACCACUAAAACCUCCACUGGCAUCACCUCGGCCACUACUACAGCCAGCGCAAGUGGUAAUCCGUUCAGUGGGUACCAGCUCUAUGUGAACCCAUACUACUCAUCGGAAGUGGCGUCUCUGGCCAUCCCAUCUCUCACGGGGACCCUAUCUUCGCUUCAGGCGGCGGCAACCGCUGCAGCCAAGGUGCCAUCUUUUGUGUGGCUGGAUGUCGCAGCCAAAGUGCCUACCAUGGCUACUUACCUGGCCGACAUCAAGGCGCAGAAUGCGGCCGGAGCCAAUCCCCCCAUUGCCGGCCAAUUUGUAGUGUAUGACCUCCCUGAUCGCGACUGCGCUGCACUGGCCAGCAAUGGCGAGUACUCAAUCGCAAACAAUGGGGUUGCAAACUACAAAGCCUACAUUGACUCUAUUCGCGAGGUGUUGGUGCAGUACUCGGAUGUCCACACCAUCCUGAUCAUAGAGCCCGACAGUCUGGCCAACCUGGUGACCAACCUCAAUGUGGCCAAGUGCGCCAAUGCCCAGAGCGCCUAUCUCGAAUGUACCAAUUAUGCCCUGACUCAGCUUAAUCUCCCCAACGUGGCUAUGUACCUUGACGCCGGACACGCCGGCUGGCUCGGCUGGCCUGCCAACCAGCAACCUGCAGCCAACCUCUACGCAAGUGUCUACAAGAACGCCAGUUCCCCUGCUGCAGUGCGCGGUCUGGCCACCAAUGUCGCCAAUUACAACGCCUGGACCAUAUCUUCCUGCCCUUCAUACACCCAGGGCAACAGCGUUUGUGAUGAACAACAGUACAUCAGUGCAAUUGCCCCACUGCUGCAAGCGCAGGGCUUCAACGCUCAAUUUAUCGUCGAUACUGGCCGUAACGGUAAGCAGCCGACAGGCCAACAGGCCUGGGGUGACUGGUGCAACGUCAUUGGCACUGGAUUUGGCGUGCGCCCGACCAUCAGUACCGGCGACUCGCUCGUCGAUGCCUUCGUCUGGGUGAAGCCCGGAGGCGAGAGUGACGGUACCUCAAACAGCUCAGCCACACGAUAUGACGCCCACUGCGGCUAUAGCGAUGCCUUGCAGCCGGCACCUGAGGCGGGAACUUGGUUCCAGGCCUACUUCGUUCAGCUGCUCACAAACGCCAACCCGGCUUUCUAG